ACAACGCACAUUAUAAGGACGAAAUCAAAAGAGGCCUGUGUCGUUAUUAAAAUCUGCAGCCCCGUCAAAAGCGAAGAGGAUAUAUUCGCGGCUUGAAGGCAUUCAGAACGGAAAAAGAAAGAUCUGAAAAAGGAAGGAACGUGAGCGAUAUUUUCACGCGCUGUUUAGGAUAGAGCCGAAAGGUUUUCAGGAGAUGACAAGCUCGACGUCUGAAACAGAUGUUAUACCGUUGCUAUACUCGGAAAGAUCAGGCAAAAGAUCGUCACAGAGUCGCUCUGAAGAUUCAAAAGUUCGUUCGAAAGCAAAGUGUUUCGAUAGAAGUGGUUCGAACUCGUUAAAACGUCCCAGGGGAAGCGACAACACCGCUUCUGAAAGAACUAAGAGCGUUGGCAAAGAUGCAAAGCGUGGCAAAGCAAGCCAUAGUUCAAGUGCGGCUGAGAAAAGGUCUUACGAAAGACGGCAUUCGACCGAAGACGAACCCGAUGUAGUCGCCUUGAGCUAUCUGAACACAACAGGCUCGAAGUCGAACGGGCAAUCAUCGAAUACGGGAAAGAAGGCGAUAAGUGUCGCGAGAAAGUUUGGAGAGAGCCAUUUAGGAGAUGACGGCGAGCAACUCGAAGAGGUGGAACAGACAAGUGCGCAAAUAAAACACUGCGGAAAGCGUGGAAUUCGUAAAAAAAUGUCCGGCGAUUCGACGAAAAAAGUAAAAUCCUCACCGGCGACGAAAAAGGAUAGCUCUUGGAAACAAAAUAGUCGAUCGAGGCGUUUGGUAGCUAACGCAAGGGAACGCUCAAGGAUUCAUAUUUUGAGCGACGCGUUUGAAAACUUACGGCGAGCUGUGCCGAGUUAUUCUCACGAUCAAAAACUCUCGAAGCUAGCGAUACUGAAGCUGGCGACGUACUACAUUUCCGCGCUUUCUAACCUGGCCGAGAGUGAUACAUCAGCAAGAUCUCUCAAGCAGUUUGCGGAUUGUGUGUCGCAUUGCACGAACGCUUUGCAAACCGAGGGACGCUCUCGUAGGAAGAAUUUCUAGGGAAAAUAUGUUGACUAUAUGAAACACUAGCCUGACAGCCUGACGCAUCAGCGCACCUUGGUUCGAGGCGGUAAAGUUUCGCUGUAUAUUACCAAGGGCUGCAUGCAUAUAGGCUUGUUUUUCCACCAAUUUGAAUCUACUGCUUGUUGCCAAUUGUAUAUUUAAAAUUAUUUUAUUAAACGGCACGUAAUAUUGUGCAAAGCAAUACAGACAUUAUCAGCAUGUAAAUAUAUUAGUGAGAAAAAUCUUGUGAGAAAUGAACAGAAAUACAGACCUAUAUCCAAUUAUAUUCAGUAUAAUUUUACUUCUUUAAGCCUGAUCCACACUUGUCCAAAGAAUCUGGAAUUCCUUUUGCCCGAGGUCACUUGUGCAUAAAAUGCUUUGUCCGUCGGAAAGUAAGACAAUGGAUCCCCGAUUCUUAGGAGCUAGUGUGGUUCUCAUAUAUCACCGACGGUCGGCGAUGCCUAUAUUGUCGGUGAUCACUGAUGAAUAUAUA